AUGUCUCCAACAGGUAACAAGUUUCUCACUAACUCUCAUCUCAGCCGCUCCUACAAGGAAGCUAGCACCUGUCGGUGGCAACUACAAGCCCUCUUCCAGUCAUUCUUGGAGGACAGACCAGCCGAUACGAUACUUGCCGUUCAAGAACGCCGUCUUCUUAUUUCCUGGGACCUCAGGGCAAUUCAUUACUUGAGGAGAUGCCUGAGGAUGUGGAUUCGGGACAAGGUCCCAGGCGACGCGAUUGGUGCCUUCCUCGUGACGAUCUUGUACGAACAAGACUUUCACCUGGAUUACCGACUGACCUUGAUGGUUCGGAAUGGACAAUCCCAGCUGCAUAUUGCUCGUCGUUUGUUAGCAUUCUACCAAAUCCGAGACGAAGCAGACGCCCCAAUCUGGGAUAACCUAACCGUCUAUGACGAAGACGCUCACUCGAAACAGCCAGCUAGUCACUGCAAGAUUGUUGCUGGAAGCUCCGCCACUGCCAGAAAGGAAACUCCACAUCGUAUCCCUACACCACCACCUGCAAAUUCCAGAUGGCCCCUCUUCAUGGGUGCGCUUAGCGACCCGGAGAUUGAAGACAUCAUGAACAAAUUAGGCGACGAUGACCAGUAUGCAGAGGAAGACAUGCUUCCCUUGUUCACCGGUGUGCGUGAGGAAGAUCUUCCCAUUAUCCAGGCGUUCCGGAGAUUCACUCUUCACAAGAAUGAUUUCCCCGAAGACUUUCCUCUGCCUGAGGCUGGGACCGAUCGGAUUGAAGAUACAUCGAAACCGACUAACACAUCACAGGCUAAGCCCCUUCCUCCCCCUGCCAUGAAGAAGUCUCUCCCAGCCCUACCCACUGACAAGGCUCUUGCCCAAAAAUCCCUCCUCCCCCUCCCACCUCUGUCACGUCCCUCAAGCCUAAAUCUUUCCUCAGGAGAUACAAAGGAUGACCUUGGCUCGUCCGCGCAAGCUCGCCCGAAUCUUCCCAUAAACAGGAACCAGCCGCAGCCUUCUCGCCCUGAGCCCACGGUUUAUGCUGAAAUUCGUAGUCCUUGGCAUAAUAGUAUUCCUCCACCCCCUCCUCAGCUUAAGAAGAAAGCUGGAGUCGAAGACUUGCGCAUGGUUCAAGAGCGUGGUGAUUGA